AUGUAUCGUUUACUUCUAUUAUUAUUACUAUUACAAUCUUUUGCGAAUUGCUCAAUUAAUAGUGCCGAUGUUGGUGUUAAACGGGGCAAUAUCGAGGAAAGCAUUCCAAUAAUUGAAAUUCGCGGCGAAGGAGCUCCAAUGAGCUCAGCACAGAUUCGACACCUUGAAGAGCUUGAUAAUGGAGGUCCAUUGGACAUCAAAAUUGACAAGACAUUUGUGCCGGCGAAAUGUGGCGAAAAAGCGAAACGCUUGGAUUUUAUCACAUUCCACUAUAAAGUGUUCACCGAGGAUAACAAAAAGGUCCAUCAGACGUAUGGCCUUGGACCGGUAACUAUUCAAUUGGGAACUGGAAUGAUCAUGCCGGGUUUGGACAAGGGAUUGAAGGGAAUGUGUGAGGCCGAGAUGCGCAAAAUUCAAGUGCCUUAUCGGUUGAGUAGAAAACCGAAGACAAAAGUUUGGAAGAGUAUUCCGAAUGAUGAGAAUUGGCUAACCUUCAACAUUGAAAUGCUCAAAGUUCGUCCGUAUUCCCUUGAGGAGCAGUUUAAUCUUCUCGACUUGAAUAAUAACACGAGGCUAGACGCUGAGGAAAUGAUUAAUUGGCAGAAAAAAAUGAAGAAGGAAUUUGGCAAAACGUGGAGGAAUGAGGACAUCGACACAAAUUCGGCGGCGAAAUAUUAUAUUAGAUACUUCGACGUUAAUAAUGAUGGAAAUGUCACAAAAUCCGAAUGGAUUAGUGUAAUGAAGAGAGAUGAAAAAUUAAUGGAGCAAACUCAGAAAAAUUCCAAAGAAAAGGGACGAAAAAGAGAUCCAGGAAUAGCGUGGAUUUUAGAUUUCAAUAACGAUGGAAUUGUUACAGCAAAGGAGCUCGAUGAGGCGCCAGAUCUCUUCGAAAAAGAGCCAAAGCUUCUACCAACGAAUAUAAAAGACGAGCUCUAA